UUUAAAAACAAUUGUAGAUAAGAUAAACUUAAUUUAACAAAAUCAAUUGUUAUUCAAAUUCAUAUAUCGAGUUAAUAACUAUCGAUAAAUCGAUAUAUAAGGACGCCAUUAUUUCGAGAUAUCGAUCUACUAUCUAACCUCCAAAACAGUAUGGCGUCGUUUUAGUGUAUUGGUUAAUAAAAAGUAUUUGUAAAUAUUUGUAGAUUGUAUGAAACAAGACUAGUGUAAAUCAACAUUGGAAAAAUGAAAAAGUCUCCGUUAAGUAUGCCGAGUAGCAGCAAACCGAAGCAGAAUUACAAUUGGAAGGUACACGAUCGUAAAAAUAGGACAGGUUAUAACUAUAUUAAGAGUGAUAAUUAUCAGUGUACUUCUCCAAAUCAAAACUCUGGGAAUGAUUUUAUCCCGUUGAACGCCAGUUCACCAUUGCCAGAACGAAAUUGGCGUGGUUCUAGAGGUCGUAAUCACCGUAAUUCAGGUAGUGGUGGAUUUAACCAUUACCGGAACAAUUAUCAUUCAACCCCAAAGUCGAAUUUCAAUAAUUUGUACUCUCCUUACAAGCACUCUGGUAAACAAUUCUAUGGUCAAAAAAAGGGUUAUCAAAAGGACGCACGUAAACAGGUAGAUAUAUCGAACUACAUAGAUAGGACCUCCUUUUUGGAAGAUCCUUGGGCAGAAUUGAUGAAAAAAUUAAAUGACUCCAAAGAAGUAAAUGACUCAGAAAUGUCGCCUACCUUUGAACCCUUGCUCUCCUCAGAAUCAAUUUAUAUAGAUUCGAAAAAUGAAUUGGGGUUAGACGAUACAGAUGUUAGCAGUGUAUCCAGAACAGAAAGCUCAAUAGACAUAAACCUUGAGAAUGUAACAUUCGGUCAAGAGUUAGUAAAUAAAAGCAAUGGCAGUAAUAAUGAUAGUGUUUGUGAAGAUUUCCAAGAAAAUGGAGUUCAUUCUGCUCCUACAACAAAUGUGAUUCAAGAUCUUAUAUAACAGUAAGAGAGUGCUUUUAAGGAAAUUACACUGCACAGUACUUUAUAUCUAAAUUGUACAUAUUAACACUUAAAUGUAUAUAGGAAUUUAUGAAACAGUUCUGUUAUAUGAAUUGACGAAUUAACGAAAUUUUUUUUUUUCAAAGAUUAUUAUAGAAGCAUAUCACGUAUAUGCAUGAUAUAAUACUUCUUUCAAACGAUAUUUUCACAAGAAGGCUGUGAAAAGAUAAGUGUAGAAUUAUAUAUGUGCAAUUCUUUAGUAUGUACUAAAAGAGGUACAUAUAUGUCAGAAUACAAGGGAACAGUAAACACCAAUUUUUCACCGAUAGAUUAAGCGGCUAGAAACUGUCGAAGCAUCUAAGAUCCAGCUAUAUUUAGUUAAGAUUCAACUAUAUGAAUUAAAUUUAAGUUAUCUUGACUAAUAAUUAUAUGAGUGCUGAUUUAUAUUAUUGAAUACCCAUCAUUAAUUUUAAUCUUAUAAUAUCAUUAGUCCAUGUAUGGCAUAGAAAUGUACGAAGAGUUAAUUGUAUAUAUUUAUAUCAGGCGUGCAUACGAAAUUAAGUAUGCAUGGGAUCUCAUUUGACGGCGUGGAGGUACCCGAGACAGAAGCCUGUCCCCUUGAGCUACUUGCUGUACACGUCUGAUCUAUAUUAACGUAACAUAAGCGUAGAAUUGAAUAAUCAUUAAUUACGUGCAAACGCCAGCAAUUCUAAUUUUAGGAUUACCUUACGUUCGUACUUUUUAUUUUAAAUGCAAUGACUUAAAAUUUGUUUAAACUGCAAGAUAUUUUAUUUAAAGCUAAAUCAACGUUGGAAUAUUGUAAAAUUAAAGCAGUGGAAUAAUAGGUUUAAAUGAUUGUUAUCUUUGAAAAAUGUUUAUUUCCAAUCUUUACACAUUUUUUAUAGCGUGUUUUAGCAAGCGACGACAAAAGUGUCCUACAUGUUUAACAUGCUACCUUAAUGUACAAAUGACGAUUUGGUACAAAAAUUUGUAUAAUUUAAUGGAGAAUCGUAUUUAUUUCCACAGUACGAUUUUAUAUGAUCGUAUAAAGCAUGUCAUUGAUGUUUUAACCAAUCAUUGUAUGAAUAAUCUGUACAAAAGAACUAUGUGUAAAUACAUGUAAAUUAUGGUAAUAAUCAUUUUAA